CGGGACAUGACUGCCGGUCCGCAGGCGGGGGGCGCGGGCGCCGAGGCCCCGUCGGCAAGGCUGCUGUCGGCGCUCUUCUACGGGACCUGCUCCUUCCUCCUCGUGCUGGUCAACAAGGCGCUGCUGACCACCUACGGGGCCGGGACGUUCGCGGAGCUCUGAAAGCCGCAUCCCGCACGCUGCCUCGCCCCGGGGGCUGCGGGGCCCGCGCAGUGUGAGCAAGGGCUCGGGCUCAGGUGAGCAAGACUUCCUGCACAUCCAGACGUUCAGCUAUCAUGAGUCCUGAGCAGAGCUUAACUGCAGAUUAAACAUUUGGUAAAACUGCUUUGUAGCUGACCCUGUGAACUUCAUAUUGCUUCACAUCAAGGGUUGCCGCACCAUUAGUCAUGCUGGCUGAAUUUGAAGUCUGAUUAAAGUGAGUUCUUCACUUCAGGCCCAGCAAUGAGUCCUGUUGGGAGAGGUUGGCAUUUUCGUGUGUAUUCACUGUGACUUCCUCCAGUGUUGGUGGAGCGCUGUUUUUUUUUUUUUUAUUUGUGAUAUUCCCCCCUUUUUUAGUAACCUGAGAGAGACUGGGCGAUGAGCCAGCUGGUUUCCCAUCACCAAUUGUUCUUGGAAUUGGACAGAUGGCAGCUACCAUAAUGAUACUGUAUGUGUCCAAGUUAAAUAAGAUAAUUAAUUUCCCUGAUUUUGACAAGAAAAUUCCCAUAAAGCUGUUUCCUCUGCCUCUCCUCUAUGUUGGAAACCACAUAAGUGGAUUAUCAAGCACAAGUAAAUUAAGCUUGCCGAUGUUCACUGUGCUCAGGAAAUUUACCAUUCCACUUACUUUACUCCUGGAAACCAUCAUACUCGGGAAGCAGUUUUCCUCGGACAUCGUCGUCAGCGUCCUCGCCAUCAUCCUGGGGGCUUUCAUAGCAGCUGGUUCUGACCUUGCCUUUAACUUGGAAGGCUAUGUUUUUGUAUUCCUGAAUAAUAUCUUCACAGCAGCGAAUGGCGUUUAUACUAAACAGAAAAUGGACCCAAAGGAGUUAGGGAAAUACGGAGUGCUUUUCUACAAUGCCUGCUUCAUGAUUAUCCCAACUCUCAUCAUUAGCGUCUCCACUGGAGACCUUCAGCAGGCUACUGAAUUCAGCCAAUGGAAGAAUGUUCUGUUUAUCAUACAGUUUCUUCUUUCCUGUUUUUUGGGUACUGGUGCGUGGUCAUGCCUGACUUCUUCCCACCCUGUGCCCGCUUGCCGGGCUGCCCCUCGCCCCAGGUUUCUGCUGAUGUUCUCUGCAGCGUUGUGCAGUUGCUACAACUCAGCCCUGACGACUGCGGUGGUGGGAGCCAUCAAGAAUGUAUCUGUUGCCUACAUUGGGAUGUUAGCUGGUGGAGAUUAUGUUUUCUCUAUGUUAAACUUUGUUGGGUUAAAUAUUUGCAUGGCAGGGGGCUUGAGGUACUCCUUUCUAACGCUGAGCAGCCAGUUAAAAUCUAAGCAACCUGUGGAUGAAGAAAACAUCCCUCCAGAUUUGAAGAGUUAGAAUCUGGGGCCGAAUAGCAGACUGACCUGCAGACGGGUGUCUGGGGGCCAUUCCCAGAUAUGGAAUGUGAAGCCAGAUGUUUUGGUGUGACAUUCACCCCCCACCUCCCCGUUUAAGGAACAGACAGGAAUGCCUGCAAAUUGCCGAGUCCCCACCUCAUAUGCCACUCUGCAAACAGCCUUCGUUGGCGCUGAGAAAUGCGUCUGCAGAGCCUUACCAGCUGAAAGUGAACUUCUUCAGAAUAAACCUUUGGUUAAGUGAUUGUCUCCAAGGGUCUUGCAUGGGUAGAGCGCUGACCUUCUGGUCACCCUUCAACAUGUCUGUGCUGUUGUUUGUGAGGAUCCUUUGUGCUUAACAGGAGGGAAAAGGUUGGUGCUGUGAGGGUUAUUUCUUAUCAGCACCUUGGCCUUAGUGCCAGGUUCCAGCCAAAGCAAAGUGCCAGUGAGAACAAUUUUUCUAGUUUAAACAGACAUAUCUUUAUUUUAAUGAAAUUAGUCAAUUAACUGAAAAUAAAGUUGUUAGUUUUGAUUUGAUCUUAUGUGUUGGUAUCUUUUCCCAAUCAUCAAAAUAAAAUUAAUUUAUAUGCAUGCCUCA